CAUUAACCUGAGAGAAUCAAUUGUUUAUCUUUUAGAUUUUUAAUUAUUUUGAUUAGAAAAUUUUGUUAUUCUUUAAUUAAUAUUGAUCUUAAGGUGUUCAAGCUCACAAGAAGAUCAAAUGAUUACAAAAUUUUCGUUGACUAUCUGUUGAUCUAUUCUGAUUUUUAAUUUCUCUUCCCAACCUUAAUCUUAUUUUUUUCCAAUCUCAACAUCAUCAAUUUUUGUCAAUUUCUAUUCUAUUUUUUUUGCCUCUUUUGUCUUGUUAAUUUCUAUUGAUUAUAAAUUAUUUUAUACCCGAUAAGUGUGUUCCAUUGUGUUUACCAUCAUGUCUGCUUCUGGAUUAUAUUUUCUAGAUCUCAAGGGUAAAGUGUUAAUUUCACGUAACUACCGAGGAGAAAUUGAAAUGAAUCGGAUAGAGAAAUUUAUGUCCCUUAUGAUGGAAAAAGAGGAGGAAGGUUGCCUUUCACCGAUAAUCAAGUACAAUGAUGUUACUUUUAUGUGGAUUAAGUAUAACAAUUUGUAUAUUGUCGCCUCAACCAAAAAAAAUGCCAACAUUGCCCUGGUUUUUUCCUUCUUACACAAAAUUGUCUCAGUUUUGGUUGAUUAUCUUAAAGAAUUGGAAGAGGAAAGUAUAAGAGAUAAUUUUGUUCUCAUCUAUGAGCUACUAGAUGAAUUUAUGGAUUUUGGUUAUCCUCAAACAACCGAUGCAAAAAUUUUACAACAAUAUAUUACCCAAGAAAGUCAUAAGAUGGAGGUUCAACCUCGACCACCGAUGGCAGUUACUAAUGCAGUUUCUUGGAGAUCCGAAGGAAUUAAAUAUCGUAAAAAUGAAGUGUUUUUAGAUGUCAUUGAAUCGGUUAAUUUAUUAGCCAAUGCAAGUGGAAACGUUUUAAGAUCAGAAAUUGUUGGUUCAAUCAAGAUGAGAGUCUAUCUUACCGGUAUGCCUGAAUUGAGAUUAGGAUUAAAUGAUAAGGUUUUAUUUGAAAGUACUGGUAGAGGUAAAAGUAAAUCAGUGGAAUUGGAAGAUGUCAAAUUUCACCAAUGUGUUCGUUUAUCUCGAUUUGAAAAUGAUCGAACCAUUUCGUUCAUUCCACCUGAUGGUGAAUUUGAAUUAAUGUCUUACCGAUUGAAUACCCAUGUGAAACCUUUAAUUUGGAUUGAAUCAGUAAUUGAACGACAUCCACAUUCCCGAGUAGCUUAUAUGAUUAAAGCAAAAAGUCAAUUUAAAAGGCGAUCAACUGCAAACAAUGUUGAAAUUGUGAUCCCAGUGCCUCAUGAUGCCGAUUCACCAAAAUUUAAAACCUCCAUUGGUUCCGUUAAAUAUGCACCAGAACAGGGUGCAAUCAUUUGGAGUAUUAAAUCGUUCCCCGGUGGUAAAGAAUACCUGAUGAGAGCCCACUUUGGUUUACCUUCGGUAAUUAGUGAAGAAACUGAAGGAAAACCACCGAUACAAGUUAAAUUUGAGAUACCCUAUUUUACCACCUCUGGAAUUCAAGUUAGAUAUUUAAAGAUUAUUGAGAAAAGUGGUUAUCAAGCCUUACCCUGGGUUCGUUAUAUUACACAAAAUGGAGACUAUCAAUUGAGAACAAAUUAAUUAUUAUUAACAAGAGUAACAUUUAAACAAUCAAACGAAAAAAAAAAUUGAAAAGAAAAACCAACCAACCAACAAACAAAUUAACAACAAUUGUACCACUGACUCUUUAUUGCAAUUUAUCGACAUUUAUUAACAUGAAUUAAAAAAACCAUAAUCUUUAAAAAAAA